AUGAGACCGUCCAAGGCAGACCUUUUGGAGCAAUUUGCAGAUAGCCAAGAAGAUGAGAUAUUUGGGGAUUUGGAAUAUGUCGAUUUUAAAUCGAGGUCACCCGCUACUAAAGCCAAAACUGUGCGACGCGCAGAUGACGUUACCGAGACAUUAAAGGUGAACGAACUCAACUUGAAUAGCAACAACCUGCCCCUGUUCCAAUUAACCCCCAGAAGCGGGGCCGAAUCGCCUUCGAAGUCUACAAAGUCGAGCGGGAGGAGAGUAACACGUGACGCGUUGAGUGAGUACAGCGAGGAAAACGACACCGAUAUCACUUCGGAGUUUUCGCAGGACGACUUUGAAGGCUGGGAUGACUGUUUCAGUAAGGACCAAAGCGGCAGCAUAUACCAGCAGAUGAACCAGCGGUUGAUUGCGCGGAAAAUCGCCGAGCAGAAGGAGGCCGAGAGAGAGCAACAAGAGUUGAUCCAGAUGAACCAAAUGAGAAAUAACCAUCGGCUACUAUUCAAGGAGAGUCCGAAUCAAACUUUGGUGUUGAAAGACCCCAGCAGGUUGUUGACCAAUGAAAACUUGUCCCUUUUGGACCAGUUGGAGAAUGAGCGCACGAUAAAUUAUGAGUAUACUCGCGACGAUGUUGAGCAAUUUGAAGAUGGGUUCGACGACGAUUUCGAGCAGAGCAUCCACAAGUUUCAAGCGCAACGCAAAGUGGGCAAAUUGCAAGCUCCGGGACAGCGAUCGCAGAGCUCGUAUGAGAUUGGCCAGCUACAGAACAAGCAAUCGAUGCCCUCGUUGCCGAGAGCCAACCAUGCCGCCAUGAAGAAAUACCGCUCGACGUUGGACUUUCAUGGCCGGCAGCUGAUGGACUCGUCGCAGGCAUUGGGGCCACCCCAGUUCAACUACAACAACCGCGUCAUCAACAGGCUAGACCGAAUACCGUCUUUCUACAAUAAGCCGCCCGUUGACUUCGAGAAUCGGAACCAGAUACUUUACAGAUUCAAGGAGAGCAAAGCUCCUAGUCAUCACAAGCACCCGAACACCCAGAGCAAGCGCAUGGGCCAUGUGCGAUAUUUGAACAAUGGCGGCUCGCCCAAUGCCGAUAUACCAGUGCAGCAGCAUAAACUGAUGCGGUUCAAUAAGCAAAAGAGCGUUUGGGAAGGCAAUGAAGUUGAUCUACUCCGGUUUGAAAAGAGACCAUCCUUGAUCACGCACAAGGACAUUCAGCCGAGAGUGAAUCCAAGUGGAAGCGGGAGUGGCACUGAAAAGGGGAGCGCGAGCGGAAGCGGGUUGUCGAGGAGAAAACAGGGAAACAUGCUCUACGACGAAGAGAAAUUGAAAUGGAUCAAUCUUGAAGAAGAAGCAGAAGAAGAGUUGAUCUUUGACGACAUCCCGGACUUGGAUGAAGGUAUAGCUACCAUCCGCCAACUGAACCUCCCGCAGCCCGUCUCGCCCAGACGCAGAGUGCCAGUUGAACACCAAGACUUGGAUUUCUUGUUGCAGUCGCCGGUGUCCAGGCGCGGAUUGAGCCAGUUUACGCAGCGCACCACUUCGACUGCUACUGUUGCCACCGAGGGAACCCAGGGAACUCAGGGGACUCAAAAAGCUUCCUCGUGCGGCGCCCAGGGUGAACGGAGCGAGUUUAAAGUGAGCAGUAAAUUAGUCGACAAGUUUGUUAAGGAGGAGCAAAAGAUUGAUCGCAAGAUUAGCCAUUGGUUUAUUGGGAAUAGUGAUGUCAAGAGGGACUAUUACUGGGAAAUACGGAGGAUGGUGACUGAGGAUAAAUAA